GGCUGGAUACUAGUCUCGGCGCCGCCAUGGACGCGGUUUCUACAGCAACCCAGGGCACCGGGAGGCCGCGACCCGGAAGGAGAAGGAUUUCGAGGGGGCGGGCCAGAAAGUCGAAGCUGACUUCCGGGUCGCGGCUGCGCGGCUGCUCACGUGGGGAGACUUGGACUGCUAGUGAACCAGUAAUGGUCAGCAAGACCCAGAAAGCAGACCUGGGCCCACGACUCCCAGAGAAGAAGAAAAAGAAGAAGAAGAAAAAGAGAGUGGUUGCAAAUGUCUCAGAACCAGAGACUCAAUACUCAGUCUUAAACAGUAAUGAUUAUUUUAUAGAUGCUUCUCCUCCAAGGGCCACAUCCCCUUCUAACAAUGUGGAUGAGCUGCAGAUCCCCGAGAUGUCACUGAGCAAGAGAAAGAAGAAAAAAAAGUCCUGUAGCACUCACUUGGAGGAGUGCCUGGGGGCUGAGCCUACACGGGCAAGACAGAAAAAGUCACCUAGCCCUAGAAGGCAGGUCCUUGAGCAGUCAGCAGAAGGCCUCAUCAGAGAGAAGAAAAAGAAGAGGCGGAAGUCCUUAUCAAAGGCUGCCUCCCAAGGCUCAGGGCUGAAGACCUCCCCAGACCCCAAGCAUGCCAAGGAGGUAAGCAAAACUAGUAGGAAGUCCAAAAAGCAAAGGAAGGAAAAAAAGGUUCCUGACACGGAAGCCUUUCCCCCCCAGGACGCUUGGCUCUAUGAGGCUGGGGAUGCUCUGCACUCAUGCUUAGAGGGGGCAGAGGCUGAGGAACAGGCAGCCUUGGGGCAGAAAAGGAAGCAGGGGAGCCCGAGAGAUCACAACAUGAAGAAAAAGAAGAAGAAGACCCACCAGGAGGGAGACAUCCUCCUGGUCAACUCCAGGAUCUCCAUGGAGAACAGCCUGAAGAAAGGGAGUAAGAAGUCAGUCAAAAGUGAAGCUUUGGAGUUCGUUCCAGUAGACAGCCCGAAGGCCCCUGGGAAGAAGAAAGUAAAAUCCAAGAAAAAAGUGGACCAGCCAGUUGGUGAAGGGCUGGCUGUGAAAAGGAAGAAGAAGAAGAAGAGGAAAGAGAACGGAGUAAAGGAAGACCCCUGGCAGGAGGAAAAAGAGGAGUCGGACACAGACUUAGAGGUGGUACUGGUGAAAAAAGGCAACAUGGAUGAGACCUGCAUAGACCAGGUGAGACGGAAGGCCUUGCAAGAAGAGAUUGAUCGUGAGUCGGGCAAGACAGAGGCUUCAGAACCCAAAAAGUGGACGGGAACCCAGUUUGGCCAGUGGGAUACUGCUGGCUUUGAAAAUGAAGAACAGAAGCUAAAAUUCCUGAAGCUUAUGGGUGGCUUUAAGCAUCUGUCCCCGUCAUUCAGCCGCCCUCCCAGCAUGACGAUCAGGUCCAACAUGGCCCUGGACAAAAAGUCCUCAGAAAUGCUCCAGCAGAGUCUGCAGCAGGACUAUGACCGGGCCAUGAGCUGGAAGUACAGCCACGGGGCUGGCCUGGGCUUUAACUCUGAGGCCCGAAAGGUCUUCUACAUUGACCGGAAUGCCUCCAAGUCUAUCAAGUUGCAAGAUUAAAUAUUAUUGUCUUGUUCUUCAAACUGCAUUUCUUGAUCAGUUGCAUCCGUCAAGUUGGCUUGAAAUAGUCACCCGCAGUUAUUGAGGACCAAUAGGAAUUGCUAAAGCCUCCUAUUUUCUAUGUUAAACAUUCCACCUUCGGGUGACAGUAUUUUAAUAGUAGCUAGCAGUUGUUGGCACAUGGAGGGUCCUGACUAAAUUGUUUUCCUUGCAUUGUUACACUAAUUAUGGAAUGGGUGCUGUCCUCAUCUCUAGCAAGUUCAGGGAUAAAGUAAUAAAUGGCCUAGGGUUAUCUUCCUUUAAGUGCCAUCAAGAGUACAUCACCCAGAGUCACUCAAUUAUCAGUGCAGAAAGCAAGUGAUAUGCCAUGACUUGCAAGUUUGUUUUCCUUCUCCCUUAUCGGGAGGCAGGUGUGGUGCAGCAGGCAGACCUGGCCAGUACACCUCUGAGCUGGCCUCUUUCCAGCCUUCCUCCUUCCAUCUGACUGCUGUGCUUGGAUUUGAUGCUGCUGUAUUGGCUGGAUCUCCAGUCAUUUUGGACAGUAGGUCAUCCUGCGUAUGGACCCAUGACAGAUUCUCAGCAGCAUGUUUUGUGUUUGUGUUCACUAGACAGAAGACCUUGGACACUUGUGUGAUGAAAUCAAACAUAUGGAGAAAAAGAUACUUUGCUGCAGGCACCAUACCCUCCCACCCCACCCCUCCCUCCCAAAUCACAGCAAUCUUCAUGGAGCUCCUGAUACAGAGACCCAUGUGACAUGAUAUUCUCUUCCACCAGCUUUUGGCAGUCUGGUAUCAAGGUUCAGAGAAGGUUACUUUCCUGUCUUGGCCUGAUUUCUCACAGGCAGAAACACUGGGUGGGGAUGGAGGUGUUUGAUGCUGCACUCAGCCAGGACAUUCAUUCAUCCUUCCAGCACCAUCAUCAGUGUUGGUGCCUUCAUGCUGCUAAGAAGAUGAGAGACAAUUCCCAGCAUUCCAGAGAUGGGAGAAAACCUUCUCUACAACCAAAGAAACUUCUGGCAGUCCUUCAGGGAACCUUUGAUGACUUCAUUCAGCUCUGUAGUUUUUCCUGUAUCCGCCCCCUUGGUAAGGAGAUGCCCCUCAGGCCAGCCAGGGAGAGGGUGAGGUUGCAGUACUGCCAAAUGGGCAGCAGGGGUGUUGCUGUGCCCCCUACCUUGUUCCUGACCUGUGGGCAUAGGCCAUAUGGCAAAGAUCUGUUUACACCACUUUCCUGGAAUGAACUUGGCUUUUCAUCAAUUCAGCCUCAAGAUUCAGAAAAGACCACUUCCAGUCACUUCAAUGGCAGAAUUCUGCAUUUGAGUCAACUCCAGACAAAUCUCCCUCGGCCUUGGUGAACUCUGGGAACAAUCUGCAUAACUUCAAUAGUUUGUGUUCCCCAGAGGUCACAUUCCAGUCUAAGUGUCUUAGCUCAUCAAAAACUUGCACAUGGCAAUCUUAUGGGUGGUAGAUGGUUUUCUAUUUUAUGUCACAUAUGCCUUGGAAACUGUCAUCAAAGAGUGAGAGCCAGAUCUUUUUCUUAGCUGCUACACAUACCUCAGUGCUGAAGGACUUGAUUUUGUAGCUUGGUACCUCAGCAUUGACUUAGGUGCUCCACUAGCCCACCUUUCUCUAAGUAAGAAUUGAAGUCUGUAGUCUAUCUCCAAGGCACUGGAGGUGGGGUCAGUGAUCUAACACAACCUUGAACUUGACUGAUUCUCUCAGGCAUUUCUUACCAGCUUGGUGGCACUCAAGCAAUAUCCUUGUCCAACAGUCACCAAAAUCUCAUGAUUUUGUUCUUGAGCUGAUUUCUGUGCAAUAUCUGCUUGGGCCCAUGAGGCCCUGCCCUGAGGCUACACGUACAACCAGACUAACGUGUCCAAAGGCUCUCAGAUACAGGUGUCCCUGCUCUUAGUACUACUUGCGUUAUGGUAGGCAGGACACACAUAUACCCAGCAGAAGGGAAAUUAAAGUCACUAAUCACAUGCUGCUAUUAUUAUUAUUAUUAUUAUUGGUUUUUUGAGACGGUUUCUUUGUGUAGCCCUGAAGACCAUGCUAGCCUUAAAAGUCACAGCGAUUCACCUGUCUGCCUCCUGGAGUGCUGGGAUUAAAGGUAUGCAUCACUACUGCCUGGCUUCCAGCCACCACUGGCUAUCAGAUAAAUCUGAAAUAAGAUCCUUGAUAACCUGAACAGGUUCUUUUCUUCACAAUUCCCUAACUGAUAGGUAGCAGAAGAAUUAGUGUGGAAGAGACUUGGAAGACACUACAGACACUUGGGAAGGAAAAGGUCACAAGCCAAGAUCACAGGCAACCUACAGAAGCCAUGCAGCAUCUCUUUCCACCAGAGUACCCACAAAAGAACUUAGACAUAGGGAUACCUUGACCUAGCCCAGAGAAACAAGUGAGUGCUGACCAACAGCAGUCAGACAGUAAAACCACAGGAAGUCACUGUACUUGUAAUUUUUAAAGGGAUAAGAACCAGGAAGCACUUAUAGAUGGACAUGAGGCAUCCUGUUUUUCAUUUCCUAAAAGUCUCUUCACAUGUCCUCAGGAGAAGUAGAUGCUGUUUGUGGAGGCAGGCUUCAAAGACUGGGCUGUCAGUAACACUUCUGCCCAGGUCAGCAGACUGAUACAGGAGCCCCAUGGUGUGUGUGCCCAAUGUGAGGCUAAGCCAAGGUUAACACAAGCAGUGGGAAUUCCCCAGGCCAGUGUAAGCUGCUUAUGCUGUUAUCCUGGGCAGCCUUGAGGCAGGAGAGUAACUUACAAAGGAUUAUUUAUGAAUUUGCCAGUUAUUUUUGAAAGCAUUAGCAUCACAGUGAAAGUGACAUAUAAAAUAAUUUUAGUAGAAACAGUUUGGUGAAAUAAAGGCCAUUUGGGAGUAUUUGAACAACACCAUCGUGCAUUCUGGGUUCUGGCAUGUUUGUUCACAGCAGGAGGAAAAGCAUUUUUUUAGCAUCUGGUUUUUGUUUUUGAGACUGGGACUCAUAUCCCAGAUUAGCUUCAAACAUGUAACUGGGGACCUUGAUCAGAUCUUGAUCCUCCUGUCUCUACCUCCUAACUACUGCCAUUCCAGGUCUGCACCAUGGCACUCUGUCUUAUGUGGGGUCCUGUGUCUGCCAGGCAAGCAUUCUAUUAACUGAGCCAUAUCUUUCGCCUCAUCUGGUCAUUUUUGGUUUGGUUUUCGUUUUAAGAAAUUGUAUUCAAUUCCUUGGGCUGGAGGGUACUCAUCAGUUGGCCCCAAAUGUAUAUACAAUAGUAACCCUGCUCUUCUCUCUCUCUCUCUCUUUUUUUUUUUUUUUUUUUUUUGGUUUUUCGAGACAGGGUUUCUCUGUAUAGCUCUGGCUGUCCUGGAACUCCCUCUGUAAACCAGGAUUGUCUCAAACUCAGAAAUCCACCUGCCUCUGCCUCCCAAGUGCUGGGAUUAAAGGCAUGCGCCACCACCACCUGGCUGUAACCCUGCUCUUAAACUAGUAAAGACACAAGUUGUGUGUGUAUGUGUGUGUGAGACUUUAUAACUUCUGAGGUUAGUCAUGUAUAGUAUUUCAGAUAAAUAAAAUCCAUGCCUAAAGCA